CUCCACCUGUACCCGGUGAGCGGAAGCAAAGAUGGCGGUGUUUGUGUAACGCAGGGCGGCUGAUGGCCAACGUCAACACGCAUAGAUAAUAGAAAACACACUUUACAGCUCUGGAUAUGAUAUCGUUAAUGGUAAAUGCGUGUAUAUUUACAGUUAUUAAAGUGUAGCUGUUUGUAACGCAGUAUAUAUCUGCUGUAGUGUUACACCGAUAAUAACAGAGCAAUAACAACACAGCCGCACAGGCAGGAGGGAACGCAGGCGUGCCUUAUAGACGAGAUUUGAAUGUUCCUUUGGGUUUCAGAAAUGGCUUUCAGGAGAGAAGGACUGAGUGAAAAUACACUUGCGCAAGUAGCCGCAAGGCAUAUGCUGACAUUCCGAAAAUGUGCAGAAUAGCAGAGAGGCACAGCUGUUGAAGACAGUUGCAGGUAUCCAGAACUUGCUCGGUUCCUUCCUGGAGAAAACUGCGUGGACUGAUCCUGCUCAGCCUCAGAUUUAUUAGUGCGGUAAUCUCGACGUCCUGAAUUCCUCAGGUGUCAGUCUUCUGCAUUUUUUUUGUUGCAAUGUCAUCCACCUCAGCCGUCCCAGCACUCGACACCCUCUCCAUGUCCUCACUGCUGUCUGGGGAGCUGGAGGAUGGGAAAGAGGGUGAGGAUGGUGAACUGGGUGACCUGGAAGUGAACCCUUAUGAUGGUUUGCCCUUCUCAUCACGUUAUUACUCCCUACUGGAGGAACGGCGGACUCUGCCCAUCUGGGGACUGAAGUACAACUUGCUAGAGCUGCUGGAGACUCAUAGCAUGGUGGUGCUGAGUGGAGAGGCUGGCAUGGGCAAGAGCACACAAGUGCCUCAGUGGUGUGUGGAGUACGCACUCUCUCUGCAGUUUACUCAGGGUCUAGUUUGCUGCUGUCAGCCGUACUCAGCAGCAGCUUGUAGCUUGGCCAUUCGUGUAGCUGAUGAGAUGGACUUGAGUCUGGGGCUCGAGGUUGGUUACAGGGUCCCUCACGAUGACAGCUGCACACCAGACACUUUACUACGCUUUGUCACGGAUGCACUGCUGCUGGAAGAGAUGAUGUCGGACCCACUGCUGCGGCGCUACGGCGUGCUGGUGGUGGACGAGGCGCAGGAGCGUACCGUGGCCAGUGACGUGCUCCUGGGCUUGCUGCGUGACGUGUGUCGGCAGCGUACAGAGCUUCGUGUGGUGGUGCUCGCUACGCCCCCUGUGGCUGAUAGCAUGGCAGACUUUCUGGGCGAAGAAGUGCCUCACCUGAAAGUCCCACCUGCGCCGGACCGGACUGUUGCAGAAACGCUAUACAGAGAUCCACAAGCUGGCAGAGACCCGGCCACAGCCGCAUGCCACAUGGUGCUGGAUCUGCACCGACGAGGAGAGGAAGGAGAUAUACUAGUGUUCCUGCCCAGUGCACAGGAAAUUGGUGAUUGUGCGGCUCUGCUGGAGAAGGAGUGUGUAGCUCUGAGCCCACAGCUGGGCGCGUUGCGGGUUCUGCCGCUUCACACGGGCCUCGGUGCGGCCACUCAGCACGUUUACACAGCAGACGGAGAUGACAGCCAAGCCGAAACAGAAGAAGACGAUAAGGCUGGACCAUGUUUAAGACGCAGGGUCAUCCUUUCAGACGUUUUGGGAGAGGCCUCGUUCUCUUUGCCCAGCGUCCGUUACGUCAUCGAUACAGGACUCGAACUCAAAACCGUGUACAAUCCACAGAUUCGAGCUGACUCCCAGGUUCAGCGGCCAAUCAGCAAGCACCAGGCAGAUGCCCGCUCUCAGAAAGUGAACAGCACGCUGCCGGGCGUGUGUUUUCGUCUCUACCCCCAAUCCCUGUAUGACGAGGGAAUGCCUGAAGCUCGGUGUCCCGGAGUAGCCGAGGCUAAUCUCAGCCACCUGGUCCUCUUUCUCAAAAGACUGGACAUCGCAGACAUGGGCCAGUGCAAGUUCCUGGACCGGCCAGCUCCAGAGGCGCUGAUGCAGGCUCUCGAGGACUUGGAUUACCUGGCUGCACUAGACGAUGAUGGCAACCUGUCGGAGGUGGGCAUUAUCAUGUCCGAGCUACCUCUGGAGCCACCGCUGGCCAGAGCCCUUAUCGCGGCCUGCGAGUUCGACUGUGUCAGUGAACUUCUGACCAUCGCUGCAAUGCUUACUGCUCCGUCAUGCUUUGUGACUCCUCCACCCAAUAAAGAGGAAGCGGCAUUAACUCAUAGACGCCCCCUUCUGCACCCAGAUGGAGACCAUCUGACCCUCAUUAACAUCUACAAUGCCUACCUACAGCACAAUAAUGAUGAAGCCUGGUGCAACACUAACUUCCUGAACGCAUCUGCGUUGCGAUUGGCUGUGGCUAUAAGGGCGGAGUUACUCGAGGUGAUGCAGCGAAUCGAAUUGCCUGUUUCGCCACCCGCCUUCGGUUGCCAGGACAAUACUACUAAUAUAAAGCGGGCUCUCAUCUCCGGGUUCUUCCUUAAGGUUGCCCAUGAUGUAGAUGGAUCAGGGAAUUACUUACUGCUGACGCACCGCCACGUGGCUCACCUGCACCCUUUCUCCUCGUACCUGAGCCGCCGGCCACGUCUUAGUCCUCCCUGCUGGGUCCUCUAUCAUGACUUCACGAUCUCUCACGACAACUGCAUCUGCACCGUCUCUGAAGUUCAUCCACACAUGUUGGUGGAAUUAGCACCACAGUACUAUUUGGAGAACCUUCCUCCCAGCGACGGCAGAGACUUAUUAAUGGAUAUCAGACAAAGUCUGUUUCCAUCAGAAGAUCAGGAGAACGGAGAGGCUGAAGACGAAGCACACGGAGAGCGAUCAGGAGAGCAUCGAGACCAGUACAGUACAGAGAUGUGUGUGCUGCAGUGAUACACUCAGGGGUGCGGCAGACCCUCUCAACUUUGCACUUUUGGAUUUCCUGAGCCUAAUAUACAUUACCGUUUAGACAAAAGUUUAGACACGCUCAUUCUUUAUUUUUCCUCACAUUUUAGAAUAAUAAUUUAAAAAAAAAAGUCAUGAAAACCCUGUAAUAACUCAAAAUAAUUUAAUAUUUUAUCAACUUCAGUAGACCCGCUUUUUGUCUAGAAUGAUCUCACCCGAUUUCUUGAGGAAUUUCCCUGAGAUGCUUUUUAAACAGUAUUAAAGGAGUUCCCACCUACGCCGGACACUUAUUGGCUGCCUUUCGGAAUAUUUCGCUCCGAGUCAUCCGUUUCAAAAAUAUUUUUUUGUGAAUAAAACGUUACUUUUCCAAUGAAAGAAAUGUUGACAAUGAUAAUUUUGUGUACAACACAGAUUUCAAACAUUUAAUCACACACCUUCAGAUCAAAAGAUCUUUAAGAUCAUGAGAAACUUUUCAGUCGAGUGUCCACAAACUUUUGACCGGUAGUGUAUUACAUACGUGAUAUAGUCUCACUCUUUUUGGGUUCGGUGUAGCACAUAAAAGCAAGAGGUGAGCAAAAUCAGAGUUUCAGUUUAGUUUCUUUCAUUUUUGCUAUGAAGUGCUUGCUUUAGUACAGGCAAGCUCAUUGGGAUCCUGGUUAUGCAGGAAAAACAACACAACAUGAGAUCAAUUUAAAUACUGGAAAUGCAUCAAGCAAUAAUGACAAGACUUGAGCUCCUCAAACAACUAAAACUAGUAAUAUUUAUCAUUCUUUUAGCGGAUAGUUCGACCAUGUGCUUCUAACACUACAUUUAUUGAGAUGAGAUUUCAGCUUCAUCAGAUCUGGUGAUAUUUUAAUCCAGACUGUAUGUUUUGCCCUUAAUUGCUUGUUGUGAAUAGAUGAAGCUCAAGUCCUUCCCUUGCCCUCUUCUCAUGGAUGUCUAAAGUAUUUUAAGUAGAAUAAUAAUUCAGGAUGUCAUGAGCCUUGAGAACAGACUUGAGAUUGAUCUCUGGAUUCUUCUUGGGGUUGUUUACACAAACUCUCUUGUUGAAUGUUGCUUCCAUUUUGUUGGCGAAGGAUUUUUUUUCUACUACCUAUUCUUUUGUAGUUUUUACCUUUUUCUGAAAAAUUUUGUGGCUACGUUUUGUGUGUACAUUAAAGGUGUAAAUAUUUAAUUUCUCUCAUAAUACUCUAAGAUUAUAGCACGACAAAAUCUGUAUAUUCUGUCUUUGCAAUAAAAGUUUGUUGAACUUUUA